CACAACAGUGUCACACACUACAGGAAAACACCUGACAGGGACUCUCCAUUCUGCCCCUCAUUCUCCGGCUUCUCUUAUCUGACCUGAUAUUUUCAUAGUUGCGGCUCGGGAAGAGAAAUGUCACCUAUUCCGCUUUUGGUUCAUUGGUAUUGGAUCUAGGCAGGCAGCAGAUCUGGUUGGUUUGUUGAAAUGAAUGCAGGCGAGUUAACCUCUAUUGUUCAUAUUGGUGCUGGAAAGACUUGCUCCAGGGCUGAAUUUGACUCAUUCUUGAACACCUACAACUGCUUUCUUAAAGACAUAACACACCUGCAGCUUACAGUCCAUGAGAAUGCAGGAGGGGUGACAUUCGAAGGGAUCCUGGUCAUUUCCUGGGGGGUGAAGAAGCCCAUCCAGCUAAAAAUACAAGAUGAAAAACAGAUUUUUCUAGGCGAGUCUCCCAUCAAAUCACCAGACCUGAUCAGUCCACUUGGAAACAAAAGGGGUAUGACACGGUGGGGAGAGUUUGAUGAUCUUCAUCAUAUUGAUGAGCUAGCAGAAGUAAUUCAAGAUGGAUCCAAACCUGACAAUCUUGCUGAAGACUACAUUGAAUAUGAAAGCAAGACAUUAAGGCCUCUUCGGUCAAAGUCGAUCAGCGAUGACAGUUCAAAUCUAUUUCGAACCAUGAGUGAUGCCUCACUUGUGAAAAUGAGGGUGAAAAGUAAGAAGACGGCAGACAGACAGAGCAACAGAAACUAUCGUUUCUCCAUCAACGGACACUUUUACAACUACAAGACAUCUAUUUUCACGCCUUCAUAUGGAGCAACAACAAAUGUCCACAUCGACAGCAAGAUGACAACACAGGAGGUCAUAACACAGCUGCUCCACAAAUUUAAAAUAGAAAACAAUCCAAAUGAAUUUGCCCUCUACUGCAUUCAUCAAAGUGGAGAGAAAAGAAAGCUGAACAGUUCAGACCUGCCACUGUGGGAACGUGUUCUACAAGGGCCAUCAGACAGCAUUAUGAGAAUGUUCCUCAUGGACAGUGACGAACGUGAAGUUAGCCUUGAUGUCGCUCAAUACCUCAAUUUAGAGCUGCCCAUUUUGAAGGUAGUUCUGCAAAAACUGGAGGAGCAAGAAAACCAAGAAAUACAAAGGAUAAUAUCAAAGUACCAACAUCAGCGCAAACUCAUACUGCAAUGCUUACAUAAAAAGUUGCCUGUUAAGACUGAGACAACAGUAUAAAUAAAGACUGUGGGAAAAUUGUAGCAACUGGAGACUGU